CCUAUUCACCACAAGCUGUAAAGUUUGGAAGAGCUGAAUGAAAGAGAGCAUUAGAAGGGUAAAGGAAAGAGGAAAAUCAGUUUGGCAUUAUCAGUGGGAACACUGCUUUUCAGAAUCAAAGUUGCAGGUAAUUGUAAAGGGUGUCAGGUUUAAGGACUAUCACUCAGCCACGCACCAGAGAGAACACUAGUGAUACACUUAAAGGAACGACAGAACGCAAGAUGGAUCGCAAAAUCCCCGAUUUUGCUGGUACUUGGAAAAUGAAAAGCUCCGAGAACUUCGAAGAGCUUCUCAAAGCACUGGGUGUGAACGUGAUGCUGCGUAAGAUUGCGGUCGCAGCUGCAUCAAAGCCAUCUGUGGAGAUUACGCAGGACGGAGAAACCCUGUCAAUCAAGACCUCCACCUCUGUAAGGACCACCCAUGUCACCUUCACAGUUGGACAGGAGUUUAAUGAGGCCACUGUGGAUGGACGUCCCUGCACGAGCUUUCCUCGCUGGGAAACAGACAGCAAGAUUAGUUGUGAACAGACUUUGCAGAAGGGUGAGGGUCCAAAAACCUCAUGGACCAGGGAGAUGACCAAUGACGGUGAACUGAUUCUGACCAUGACCGCAGACGAUGUCGUGUGCACAAGAGUUUAUGUCAGAGAGUGAAAGUAUGAGGAAACAGGAAGAACAUCCAUCCAGAUCACUCUCUUUCAUCGUUAAAAACAAUGACUUUGAUUUUAUAUCAUCUAUUUCCUUUCUCCCUCAUCUCAUCUCUUCUUUUCUUUUUUUUCUUUUUUGACAGUGUAUUUGAAUAAUACUUCAGAGAGCCAUGCAAAUAAUUCAUGUGAGAAAUUGGGUCCUGAUUUGUCAUUUAACAAAUACAUCAUUUUGGGCUCAAAGGCACUUUUAAGGGUUGGCCUUCACAUAGAUGAAUAUCUGGAAAUCUGAAGCUUGGAAACCAGACUUUGGUGAGACAGUCCAAAUCACCACUGAAAUAAUAUCAGUCAAGGUGCGGUCAUAUUUACUAUUGUAAAAUUUCACAGGCGAAAUCCAGUUGUUUUUUGUAGUGAUCUACAUUAAUGGGAAUUUCGAGUAAGGGUGAAAGAUUUCCCCACUCAGAUUUCAGAAAAAGUUCAAGUUGGGUUGAAAUGACUUCUGUGUUGCGAAAUUUGGAUAGUUUUUUAAUUAAAAUUGACUGUUAAUUUACAGUAAAUUUGACUAUAUUCAGUUGAUUAUGAGAAGUUUUUGCCUUGAUUUUAAUUUGCUGUUGGCACAGUUUAUAAACCUUACUGCAUAAUUUGAAACAGAUACAAAAGGCAGAUAAAAUGUUUCAAUUCAUUCCAUCACAAUAUCCAAUCAACAUUUUAACAUUUUAUGAGCACAUUUGAUUCAAAAUUACACUGUUCGUUGAAAUCUCCAAUUCAUUCUUAUGUAACAUUCUGUACCAAAGGGCGCGGAGCUAAGCAAAGGGUCAGUUGUAAUUAGAACCCCAUGAAGCUCCAAUCCCAACCUUCUCUUUUCAUCUUUAAUUUUUUGUAUAUAUUUUAAUAAAACCUGAAUCUGAAGUUU